UGGCCUUUCUGAGCUAUGUUAAAUAGGGGAGGCAGGUUCUUUGAUCCUUGGAUUCUCGUUUGCCAAGGCUCCCGCCUUGCUGGGAGACCCCCUCCUCCCCUUGGGCCUGGCUUUGGUCUGAGUGCGAGUGCGUGUGUCGGUGUUCAUGCACUCACAAAUGUACAUGUCAGUCCCUCCUUCCAUGCUGCUGUGGGGACAGGAAGUUUCUCUUCCAGCCUCGGGCCUGAGCGAUGCCAGGCACAUACCUCAUCACGGGAAAAAGCGAAGCGGUUCUUCGACGUCGGCUGAGAAUGUCUUCGCCCCUGCGUUUCUUCCCCACCAGCGUGCUAUGAGCAGAUGCCCAGCUGCUUCAGACCAGACCUUGCCCAGAUCCGACGGACUCGAAGGUUUUCGUCAGAAGCAGGUACUUUUCCUCCGAGGAGAACGUUCCGAAGCUUCGCUGUGGAAGCCCGGUGUGCCGAGGUCCCAAGAGCCACGGACGUCCUUCCCGCUGCCUCGUUCGAAUUUGUGGUACAGCUACAGAGAGACCCCGCAAAGACCUCCUCGUAAGGGAAGCUGGCAGGCCCCGAAGCAGCCGUUUCCUCCUCGACCGAGUUACUUCGCGGCUUGUCCGAAGGACAGCGCUGACCAGCUCAUCUACAACUUUCAGGGCCUGACUCUGAGCAAGCAGGACGUUGAAGGGGAUCUCCUGGAGAUCCUGAGGGAUCUGAAAUCGGGGCAGACCGUCUCCGCUGGCCGCCUGGCCCACCAGCUGCGCAUCGAGAAGAAAGUGGUCAACCAUCAUCUCUAUAAGCUUCACCGCCGAGGGCAGCUGAGUCGGUCGGAGACAACCCCGCCAUUGUGGAGGUUAGCCGACAGCCGCGACUUUGCCGAAGCAAGCCGAGUGGGGUGUCCGGCCGGCCGGGACAAAGACCGUGGUCCCCUCUUCGACUUGGGGAUCGAAGAAGAAGAAGGAAAUUCCGCUUCUGACUGGGAGGACUUGGUCGGUUCUCCUGACAUGGCCGAAGUCAAGGAGAAGAUCUGCAGCUUCCUAUUCGGGGUGGUGGACUCCACCGCUCACAACCUGGCCAAGAACAUCGGCCUGAGCAAAGCCCGAGAUGUCAACGCCACCCUCCUGGCCUUAGAGAAGCUGGGCGAGGUCCACAAGGAGAACGUCAGCCCUCCCAAGUGGUCCCUGACGGACAACAAGCGGAAGCGGAUGCAAGUCAAGGCGAAAGCCGAAGAAGUCCGGCAGGCGGUCCCGCCGGACCCCGAGCCCCCAGCCCCGUGCCUCGAACCGGAGGCCCCUGCCGACGUGCCCUCCCCUCGCCCUUCUCCCCCGCCGCCUCUCCCUCCGCCGGAGAACGAGGAGAAGAAAAUCGAAAACGGGCAGCGGGCCGCCGAGCCGAUGGAGCCGAGCGGCGGCUGCCCUCCCUGGGCGAGCCCGUCGUGCAAGCGUCCCCGCUACCGCCGCUUCUCGCCUUACGCCCCCUUCGAGGCCAGUAGCUGGGCCACCGACGACAUCCCCGAGGACAUGAACGCCAUCAGCAACCAGGACGAGUCGCGGUACAUCAUGGAGUCCCCUCUGUACCCCAGCUACUCGGCCCAGCUGGACACCGCUUUCCAGUGCACCCCCUUGGAGAAGCUCAUGGACUGCCAGAAGAAGAAUCCCGUCAGCGGCUUGAUCGAGUACACCCAGUACAUGUACCAGCAUUGCGAGUUCGUCUUGCUGAAGCAGAGCGGGCCUUCGCACGAGCCACGGUUUAAAUUCCAAGCCAAGAUUGACACCCGCCACUUCCCUCCGGCCGAAGCAGGCAGCAAAAAACUAGCCAAGCAGGAAGCAGCCGCCAUUGCCAUGAAAAUCCUUCUCCACGAAGCCCAGCACGAGGGGGAAGACAGCUUGGAGCCCGAGACCUUCCUGUACGAAGACACCUCGCUCAAGGAGGAGGAGACGCCUGAGCAGGCAGAGCCAGAGGCCUCGUCCACCGCCCCACAGCUCAACCUCCUCUGUGGGAAGAACCCCAUCAGCGCCUUGAUGGAAUACGCCCAGAAGCUGGGGAGCGUGUGCGAAUUCAAGCUGCUCUCUCAGGAAGGACCGCCUCACGACCCAAAGUUUCAAUACUGCGUCAAGGUGGGCGAACGCGUUUUCCCCGCCGUGGUCUCGAACAGCAAGAAGGGAGCGAAGCAAAUGGCUGCCGAGGUCGCCAUGAAAGGGUUGACGGGCGAGACCACCGGCUCACCUGCGCAGGUGGAAGCGCCGUCCGAGCCCGUGCUGGACGUACAAGGUAGCCAGCCGGCCAAUCCCGAGGAAUCCAAGACGGUCAGCGCCAAAGGCGUCGGCGAGUUGAUCAAGUACCUGAAUUCGAAUCCGGUCAGCGGACUUCUGGAGUACGCCCGGGCCAACGGCUUCGCGGCCGAAUUCAAACUCAUCAAUCAGACCGGUCCUCCCCACGACCCCAAGUUCGUCUUCCAGGCGAAAGUGGGCGGCCGCUGGUUCCCGUCCGUCACGGCGCACAGCAAAAAGCAAGGGAAACAGGAAGCGGCUGACGCGGCGCUCCGUGUUCUCAUCGGGGAGAACGAGAAGGCCGAGCACGCGGCCGAAGGGCUGGGCGUCACAGAGCUACCGGUCAGCGGAAGCACCCUGCACGACCAGAUCGCCAUGUUAAGCCACCAGCGGUUCAACGCCCUGACCGCCCGCAUCCAGCACAGCCUGCUGGGACGCAAGAUCCUGGCCGCCAUCAUCAUGAGGAAGGGGCAGGAGGGGUUGGGGGUCGUGGUCAGCAUUGGGACAGGGAACCGCUGCGUGAAAGGGGAGGAGCUGAGCUUGAAAGGGGAAACCGUGAAUGACUGCCACGCGGAGAUCAUUUCCCGAAGGGGUUUCAUCAGGUUCUUGUACAACGAACUGAUGACCUUUGACCCCUUGGCGCCGGAAGAGAGCAUCUUCCAGCUGUCGGAAGAUGGCAGGUUGAAGAUCAAAGAUGACAUCAGUUUUCACCUGUACAUCAGCACGGCGCCUUGUGGGGACGGCGCCCUCUUUGACAAGUCCUGCAGUGAUCAGGCCAACACAGCCGGGGAAGACCAACACCAGCCCCUCUUCGAAAACCCCAAACAGGGGAAGCUACGCACCAAGGUGGAAAACGGAGAGGGCACCAUCCCGGUAGAGUCGAGCGACAUCGUGCCAACCUGGGACGGCAUCCAGCACGGCGAACGGCUCCGCACCAUGUCCUGCAGUGACAAAAUCCUGCGCUGGAAUGUGCUCGGCUUGCAAGGCGCCUUGUUGUCACACUUCAUACAUCCGGUCUACCUUCGCUCAGUCACGCUUGGCUACUUGUACAGCCAAGGUCAUUUGACCCGCGCCAUUUGCUGCCGGAUGUCCAGAGACGGCAACGCCUUCGGGUCGAGGCUUCCCGCGCCCUAUUUGGUCAAUCACCCCGAGGUCGGUCGGGUCAGCGUCUACGACUCCGCGAGGCAGACGGGGAAAACCAAGGAAUCGAGCAUCAAUUGGUGUCUCCCGGAUGGCACCAACGUCGAAGUCCUGGACGGGACAAAAGGCAAAGUGGACGGGCCCAAACUGGAUAUUUCGCGCGUCUCCAAGCAGAGCCUCUUCCAACUUUUCCGGCUGCUUUGCACCAAGAUGGUUCGGGAAGACCUCAAGAAGUUCACCGUCUACUCGGAGGCCAAAGAGUCGGCCGUCGACUACCAGAGUGCCAAGCAGCAGUUCUUUUGGGGCCUGCAAGAAAUGGGCUACGGGAGCUGGAUCUGCAAACCCCAGGAAGAGAAGACCUUCGUCCUGCCGGAACCCGCUGCCCCUCCUCCGUCCCUGUGAGAUAUAUAUAGAUAGAUAUAUAUAUAUAUUUCCCACCCCACCCCCACCUCGUUUUUCAAUUUUUAUUUUCUGCAGAAGCUGAGGGAGGAAAAAAGAAAAGGAGGACUUAAUUUUUUUAGAUUUGGAGCUGGCCAUUUGGGGUCGUUUUUAACGGAACAAAGGAAUGUGUUUUCAGGCAGCGGUUUCAGAGCCGGACGUCCUGACCAAUUUCGAGUGGCAAGGUGUUUUAAUUUGGUUGGGCCAAGGGCCUUUCCUUCCUCUCCCUCCCUCCUCCUCCCCCUCCUCCUCUCUUUUAAAUCCCUCCUCCCUUCGUUCAGCAUGGAUUUGCAGAGGCGUGAUCCAAAAAGUUGGGCUCGAGGGAACAAGAAAUCCACCAGCAUUCCUCUUUUCCUCCUUCCUUCCCUUUUUCUCCUUCCUGCCUUCUCUAUCUUCCUUCCUUCCUUAUCUGUCUUCUUCCAUCCAUUCAUUUUUCUCCGCCUUACUUCCUUUCCCUUUCUUUGUCUUCCUUCUUUCACGUCCCUUCCUUAUCUUUCUCUGUCUUCCUUACUUCUUCCUUUCUUCCUUCCUUCCUUCUUUCCUCCCUUCCCUAUCUCUUUCUCUGUCUUCCUUUUUGUGUUCCUUCCAUCCUUCCUUCCUUAUCUCUUUCUCUCUUCCUUCUUUCCUUCCUUCCUUCCUACCUACUUUUUUUUGGGGGGGUGGGGGGGUGGCGACCAAAAAAAAUAAAUAAAACACCCCCAAAUCAUUAUUAUCGGAACCUUUCUUUUCAAACUGUGAAGUUGGCACACUGGUAGCUUCUUUGCAUUCAUACAUUUUUCGUUUCGUUCUUUUCCGUCCCGGGGUUUUUAGUUUUUUUUUUUCCCCCGAGUUUCUUUACCUUGGGAAAUUGAAACUUUGAGGGAAAUUUCCACUUAACCCUCCCACGUCCGAGUUUUUUGACCGAGGACUCGAACCUGUGGCCCAAGGGAUGGUGUCAAGAUCUGCCUGUCCUGGUGGAUUUUUUUUUUUUUUUUAACCAACCACAGAGUCAGUGGUUGUGCGGUUGCCCUCUUUCCCCGUAGUUUCUCCUUUCUUUAGCCAGCAAAUCCAAAUUUUACAGAAAUUUGGGGAGAUUUCAAAACGGAGAAGCUGAAAACUCCAAACUUGAAAUCUUCCUCGUAGAUAUCAACCCCCGGAGAGUAGUGUGUCUCCAGAGCGGGCAAAACCCAGCCCCACCCCCACCCCACUCCCCAGCUAAUUUUUUUAAAAAAAAUAUUUUCCCCCCUUGUCCCCAUCCUGCGGAUAUUGUCUUCGUGCGCAAAAGUCGGACAAAAUUUUAGAGAUUUCCUUCUCUUUUAAUUCGUGGAACCAGGAGCGUUUUCAGAGCCUUGACAUCCGGUGGGGCCGCUUGAAAUGAGGGUCUGGGGUCUGUGAUGGGACCAAAUUGCAUUUCCCCCCCCCCUUUUCAAAUUCCCUGCAGGUAGCCACCGUGGGCCUCUCAAAAUCCCCCCCGGAUAAUUGAUAAUUUACGUGUCCCUUUUAAAUGUAUUUAUGCAAGUUUCCACUUUCUCCUUGGGUGCAUCUACUUAAACUGUUGUUUCCUUAACACGGAGGAGGGGGGGGGUGUUUUCCGACGCACGGCCCCUUUAAGACUGGGGGAGAACUUCAACUCCCAAUUGAAUUCUGGGAGUUGAAGUCCCCCCCCCCAGUCUUAAAGGGGCCGCAUCGGGAGACACCCACACACACCCCACUUUAAACGAAGAGAAAAAUGGUUCUCUACCUUAAUCCGUUUUUCUCUACCUUAAACGAAAACGAAGAGAUAUUUUCAUAAUCCUCCAUCCCUUUUAACCACGAUUGGGGUUCCCGUCGCCCCUACCUAGCGCUAAGCCAGCAUUGCUGUAAAUCUACUUUUCUUUUUUUUUAAAAAAAAAAAUCAAAAACUGGAGCCUUCUCUUCCCAAUGUUUCCCUUACCCCCAUCGUCCCCCCCCCUUCUGUUGCGAUACCGCCCCACCAGCAAGGAAACCUACUUCAGAUUCUACCCUCCUCGUGUAAUAAUGGUUCGUUCCUCCCUUCCCUCAUUCUUCCCCCACCCACUUUUUUUUUUUUUAAUUGAACGAGUCCGUGUUGCGUUCCUUUUCCAGAUCCUUUCAUUUGGAUGGACUGAAGUCAUUGCAUUCUGCCUGAAAUAAAAGAGAAUUUUUUUUUCUGUA